AUGUAUGCACUUUCUCCACCACUCUUUGAAUUACUUGCUAAACAUCUUCAAUUAACAAAUUCAAAAUUAGCUCGACAGUAUCCAGCUGUUCAUUACGGUGUACUUAAAACUCUUUAUUCACAUUGUGCAGCACAUGAACAUUUUAUUCAUUAUUCAGAUUUAUUUAAACAAAAUGAUACAACAAAUGUGAUGAGUUUAACAAGUUUAACAUAA